AUGUUUCCUGGUAGGAGGGGCCUAUCACUGUCCUGGAAGAUUGCUGGAAAUACAGUUGACAGCUUCUGGGUGGCUUCUCGCUUUAAGUUUUCAGUCAUGGCUGAUGGCGACAUUAAAGUUAAAGAGCUGGAAAAGCGUCAAUCAGGCCAGGCAUUUGAGCUUCUCCUGAGCCCUCGAUCUACUGAUGCUGCUCCAGACCUUUCAAUUGCCUCGCCAAAGAAAAAGGAAUGCUCACUGGAAGAAAUUCAAAAGAAGCUUGAAGCAGCAGAGGAGAGGCGUUUAAUUACAUGAAGCGGAAAUCUUAAAGCAGCUUGCUGAGAAGAGAGAACAUGAGAAGGAAGUUCUGCAGAAAGCUAAAGAAGAGAAUAAUAAUUUCAGCAAAAUGGCGGAAGAAAAAUUAACUACAAAAAUGGAGACCAACAAGGAAAAACGAGAUGCCCAGAUAGCUGCAAAAUUGGAACGGUUGCGAGAAAUGGAGAAGAAAGGAGAGGAAAAUCAGGAAGGGAAAAGGCAAAGAAGAUGAGGACUGA